AUUUUGUACAGCCCGAAGAAGUGCCCCAGACAGCUUCAACUCCCACGUCAAUCAUGGCCGACGACGAUCUUUCCGACGAGCAGCUUCAGCAAUUGCUCAAGGAUGCUGAGCAGAGGUUGAGGGCAGCCAAGAAGAAAGGCUUCGCCCAAGAGACCUCGUUGACAAGCCUCCAAAGGUAUGCUGCGCAAUUCCAACCAUGGCCUCUCGAUGUCGCGCGAUCUCUUACUGACAAGAUCCGCAUCCAGGCUUCCCAAGAUCGCAUCAGAUAGCCCCAUCAGCUCGUACAUACAAAAGACCAAGCAAGGCGUGCAAAUAGAUCCUUCUAUGCUUGUAAAGGCAGAAGACCGAAAACUUGCGAAUGUCAUAAGGAUCGUUGAAGACCCCAUUAUGGUCAAGGCAAACGCAGACAAGGUAAGCUUCUACAACUUGCUCAACAUUUCAUGUUCUUCGAUGAGGAAAAUAUCCCAAAAUUUCUUGACGUGGGAUCUGGUCCCGUCUUGGGUACCACCCUGCACAAAAUGAUUUCUUAUUUUCAUAGUUACACUGAGAAGAAACAAACACAACAAAUUUCUUUUGAAUUGUACAUUCAAUCAGAAACUAACUGUAAUCAUAGGUUGCGAAAGCUACUGCGGGCGCAGACUGGUACAAUUUACCAAAAACCGUCCUGACUCCAGAACUCAAACGCGACCUACAAUUACUUCGUAUGAGAUCCGUCCUUGAUCCCAAGCGUCAUUACAAGAAGGAGGCAUCCAAACCCCAAGUACCCGAGUAUUCGCAAGUCGGUACCAUCAUUGAAGGACCGACAGAAUAUUUCAGUUCCAGACUCUCCAACAAGGAUAGAAAACGAACUCUGGUUGAAGAAACCCUCCAGCGCGAGCAGAACACCCUGCGGUUCAAGACCAAGUACAAUGAGAUCCAAGAGGCAAAGACCAGCGGCAAAAAGGCUCACUACAAAAAGAUGCGGGAACUCAGAAGAGGCAAGAAGGUUUGAUUACUAUCAGAUCUGUCUUCAUUCUAUCGAGGAUCAUCUAUCAUUUCUAUCAACAGAGAUCUGGAUAUUAGGCUACAACUUGGUUGUCUGAGGCGAUCAGCUCAACAAGUUUUACGAUGAGCUCCUGAGGCUAUUGUCAGCAUUUUCAACUGGUUUGGGCCAGCGCAAAAAUGUACUCUAACAUCAUCUGCAACAGUCUGAGUAGCUGCCAGCACUUCUGUAUGACUCGUACUACCGGCUUCCAUGGCUUUAUUAGUCACGUGUGCCUCGACGUCUGGGUCACUUCCUAAUGGGGGUGGGUCAUGGAGAGCACUAUUCGUCACAAUGCUGACUCCAAAGACCCUCAUUCCUCCAUGUCUUGCUACAAUGACUUCUGGCACGGUUGACAUUCCUACCAGAUCUCCUCCUAACAUGGAGAGCAUACGAGUUUCAGCUCGGGUUUCGUAACUAGUAAGUUAGCUAAACCUGCAAACUGAAGUAUUUUUCCGGAACAUGAUAUCAAUCAAGUUGUAUACAGGGCAUAUACGGGUCUUGUGACUUCGGAAAAACUUACCAAGGCCCAGCAGCAAAAGCAUAUACACCCUCACUCAACUUCUUGACUUGAUUACAUUUCGCCCAUGCCAAGUGUGCCUUGCGGCGCAGAUCAAGAUCAUAGGCAUCUGUCAAAGCCAAGAACCUGGUACCAAAGUCGUCAAGAUUAGGACCGCGGAGUGGGCUUAGACCUGCGAGGCCGGCAAGGUUGAUGUGCUUUGCUCUUGUAGUUAGCUUAUAGAUUUCAAAUUCAAAGAAUUAUAUCCUUCAGAGA